UUCUUUAUCCUCUUCUUUUAUUGCAGAGGCUGUGGCCCCUGAGCUUCACAGUGUCUCCGAGCUGUGAAGCAGCGCCACAUGCCGACAUGAGCGUCCUUCCACACGGCUCCUGGCUGCUCCUCCUUGUCCUCCUCGUCACUGAUGCUGAGCAGCAGCAGGUGAAACAGGACAAACCUCGUUCAAGGCCAGCCACACCUCCUGCAGACAGGAGAAGGGAGCACUUAGUGCAAAUCUCUGGAGAACUGACCACCAAGGAUGGACAUCGCUGUGUUUGGCAAACAUCUGGCAACGUCCGAGUCAACCUGCUGCUGAACUGCAGCACUGAGACACAGCAGGGAGGCACAAGAACGUCAGGGUACUGGUGCCGUUAUGCAGGUAAACCAGACCUGUGCUUGGCAUAUGGUGUGAAAUCCAGUCUGUACUGGAAGAAUUUGAUGGAAAUGCUGAGGAAGAGAAGGAACACCUGCGAAGGAGAGAAGGUCUUGAAGGUCAGAUCGUGCAAGAAAGCACCGGCUGAGGCCCACAUGAAGCUGACGCAGCGAGGACGCGACGAAGAUGACAAAGACGACAGCAGUAGGAGAGAAACGAUGAUCAAGAGGAGUCUUGACGAAAAGAAAACAGAGGAGGAGACCGUGUUAGAGGAGGUGAUGAACGACAUGGUGGUGGAGGAGAGUUACUGCAGCGACAGGUGGAGAUCAAUCUGCUCCUUUCUCCUCAAGGUCUUUGAGGGACAAUAAAUUCAUAAUUUUGACAAAAAAUGUGACGUAACAAAAA